CCGGAAGUCAUGCCGGCCAGCAAGAUGGCUGCGCUUGGGAUUGACGUGGAAGAUGAGAGUAUUCUUGCUUCUAUUUUCAGGGACUCUUUCCCGGAGAAUUGGAGAGAGAACCCCGAUUUCACGUUGUACCUGUCCGAGCUCAGCUCGUACGGAGUGGACAAGCUGAACCGCGAACCCGAGCGGCUGGCGGAGGAGCGGGCCCAGAUCCUUCAGCAGACUCAAGAAUUGGCCUUUUGCAAUUAUAAAACCUUCAUCAAAACGGCAGAAUGCACCAAGGAGAUCUACCGGGACUUCGGACUGGUGGAAAAACACGUCUCCUCUGUCCUGGACAAGCUACCUGCGCUGAGCGAGAAAUGCAAGCAGUUCAUCAAAGAGACAGAGGAAACCGGCGCCAGCAGAAGGAUGAACAGUCUGACCCUUAAUCGCCACACUGAGAUCCUCGAAAUCCUGGAGAUACCGCAACUCAUGGAUACCUGCGUUAGGAACUGCUACUACGAGGAGGCUCUUGAGUUGGCCUCCUACGUGAAGAGAUUGGAGAAAAAAUACUCUUCUAUACCCGUCAUACAGGGAAUAGUGAAUGAAGUCCGUUCCUCCGCACAGUUGAUGUUAAACCAGCUCAUCCAGCAGCUACGCACCAAUAUCCAGCUGCCAGCUUGCCUCCGGGUCAUAGGCUAUUUGAGGAGAAUGGAUGUUUUCACUGAAGCAGAAUUAAGAAUAAAGUUUCUUCAAGCACGAGAUGCCUGGUUGAAAUCUAUGCUCGGUUCCAUAUCAGAUAAUGAUCCUUAUUUCCACAUAACUAAGACAAUUGAAGCUUGCCGAGUUCAUCUGUUUGACAUCAUCACUCAGUAUCGUGCCAUUUUCUCAGAUGAAGAUCCGUUGCUAAUUUCCAGCAAUCAGACUGUGAAUGAAAGUGCCAUUUUCCAUGGCUGGGUAGUGCAAAAGGUUUCUGAGUUCCUAGGAGCCCUGGAAUUGGACCUUCAGAAAGGAGUCGGUAGCCGCUUAGAUUCAUUGCUAGGCCAAUGUAUGUAUUUUGGACUUUCUUUCAGUCGAGUUGGAGCAGAUUUUCGUGGGCAGUUUGCCCCUAUGUUUCAGAAAGUUGCUAUGAAUACUUUUGAGAAAGCAGUUCAAGAGGCUGUGGAGAAGUUUCAAGAAGACAUGAAUUUGUAUACCUUAAUUUCUCCCCCAUCAAUGUUGGGGAGUACCAUCCCUAUGACUCUGCCAACUGAGCAACCUGGAACUCUGCAGCCUCCAAUGGUACUUCUAGAUUUCCCUCCACUGGCAUGUUUUCUAAAUAACAAUUUGGCGGCUUUUAAUGACCUUCGACUCUGCUGUCCACUGGCACUUGCACAGGAAGUAGCAAUGUGCUUGGAAGAUGCUCUUGUGAAGGUUACAAAGCUAAUUCUUGCUUUUCACCGAGCUGAGGAAACUGCUUUCAGUGUGAAAGAGCAGGAACUGUUUGUCCAGUUCUGUGUUACAUUCACCGAAGAUCUGGUUCCCUACUUGAAUCGAUGUUUACAAGUACUUUUUCCACCAGCACAACUAGCACAGAUACUUGGUGUUCCUCCCACUCAGAUUCAUAAAUAUGGCUCCAUUGGCUCCAUUAAUAAAGGUGUUAUACUAGAACUGCUUGAUUUUAUCCUCCCCAAGAAAGAAAUUAUAAUUCCGCCCAAGAACAGUCUGGAUGAUGAACUGGAACAUAUCCUGUCAGUAGAAACCACUUUGCACAGACCCGGACUGGAAACAAAAACUGAGACGUUGAGUGAACAAUAUUCUCCAGUUUCUUCUGCUGUGCUGAGUGCUGGAACAGAAGAGGUUAAGCCAGCCAUGCCUGACGUAGAUAGCCAAAGAGCAGAAGGGACUUCACAGGCGUAGGCCUGUUCUUAAGUUAAAAACUGAGACUGUAUUCAUCUGUGAUUGGGAUCUGGGAACACUGGACUGGGAGUAUUUGGUUAUUAAAUGUUUAAAAAAAGGGAAAAUAAAAGAUCUCGGUAGUCAAGGCGAGUGAAGAUCCAGUAUUUUUCCAACAGAUUUAUUAAUGUAAACUUCUAAUAAUGUUUAACAUUUGAUUAAUUUUAAGUUAUAAAAUCAGACACUUGUACAUAAAAGUCUUAAAUCAUCUAUUGUGAAUUUCAGCAUCACAUGUAAACAAUUGUAUAAAAUAAAAACUGAAAAACCAAUGAUUGAAUAUCUGUUUAAAACUAAGUUGGUCCGUAAUAUGUGGAAAAAUUAAUUGGCUACUAAGUUACUGUAGUGUGUUUGUAAGUGGCAGAUUCAAGUAGAGUUGAUGGGAAUGUGGGGAGAAUGAAAUGGGAUUUGAUUAUUGCAGACCUGUUGGACUGAAAGGCCUGUUUUCUGUGUGCUGUAUCACCCCAUGACUGGACUUCAUCUUGGAAUGCAAAUGGGCAGUCUCCAAUGAUCAGCUAAACAGUUUCCAUUUUUUGAUAUAUAUUUGCACACGCUUGUGCAAGUUGUGGAGCUGAAAGCCAUCUGGUCUCUGUAGAAGGCAUUUUAGCAGAAAUUUCAUGUACUUGUUUUAAUUUAUUUGGGGCCAUUUUUUUUUUUGAAGUCCUAUUCUCAAAAUGUUCAUCAGCUCUAAUACUAAUGAUAGAAUAACCAAAAAGCAUUCUUCCACAGCACUACUAGUUCUCAUUACUUGUGUUUCAGUUUUACUCUAGAAAUGUGAAAUCACUUGUUUGGGGAAGAUAAUGAAUGUACAAAAAGGAUUAAUGAAUUGAUGUUAAAUCUGAUCUAGGUGAGCAACCAGUGUGGUGUUGCAUCUUCUUAACAAUUCAUUUUGGGGACUAAUGGUUUAUAGAACUUGCAUGGAAUUGUUCUGAAUACAUUCAGGUGGUGGAAAUGCUGAAAAUAAAACGUACUAAUGGCUAUGAGCUAUUUAUUAUGGGCAAUUGUGGUGUUAUAUACUGCAAUGUUGACAUGGGAAACUUAAAAUUAUUUAAAAUUCCCAAAGCAUUUUUUCACUUUAAAUAUAAGACAGGAGGUGUUUUAAAAUUAUAUAUAGGACUUAAAUUCUUAGUCAUGCUAGUUUCAAUUGGUUAAACUAAUACUAAACUUCUGGUACAGAAUACAGAAUAGGUUUGUUUGUCAAUGGAGAAAUUUUAUCCAAUUCUCUUGAUGAAAGUAUUGCUGAAUCUUUUCUUGUAGAUGAUUUUAAUAAGGAUUGUAUAAUCUGCAGUUCAAAAGGUUUCAGGUGUCUCGGGCUGUUUUUACACUCAUUGUAUUCAGUCACCUUCAGUAGUUUAAAAAAUGCAGCCGACAGAAACCCAUUGAGUUAAAAAAGAGCAUUGUAAGCCUGGGUCAUUGAGUGAUGGUGACCAGCUGAAAUGCUUCCCCUCCUGCAAUAUGAAUCCAUCUGCAGGAGCUGUUAAUGUGCUGAGAACCACUAAACUUCCUGCAGAGCAACGGGAGGCUGCAGUCUUCUGAAAAUGAGUAGGAAUUGAUGAGCAGCUAAAGAUUCUCCUGGAGUUAUCCGAGAGGGGUUCAGUGGGCUUUGGCUAAAUCAGAGACUUUGGCAUAACUGGGAGAAUGGGGGCGAUUAGAAAGUUACCCUAAAGAGGGUAACAACAGCGAAGAGUGCCCAACUUUGAUGUUGGAAAAUGCAAACAUUUACAGCUGGACAGUGGGGGAGUGAAGAGAAAGGUGAUGAAAAGGGGCUUAAGAGACAAGGACGGGGUGACUGAAGAGAGGUGAUAAAGACAGAGUGGAAUGUGAACAGAAUCUGUGUAUAUGCAUUAUGGCUCCUGUGCAACCUGACGUCCAUUCAUCUUGGACCAGGACCCUGCUUUUGUAUCCCAUAUAAAAAUAAUUUUUGUAUAAACAUAUUCCAUUCUUCAUCCUAUAUCCCAUGAAAUGCCUGAGCAGAUGGAGUCACUACUGAUUGCCCUCUCCCAGAUCAGUUUCGUGGUGGUGGGGAAGAAAAUCAACACUGAAAAAACCAGUAAAGCCUAAAGCUGUGAUCAACAUCAUUGUGAAUACUGGGGUCUAGAACACCAAGAGUCAAGCAUGUAAUAGGUUUAUGGCUAGAAGCAUUUCUUGCACCCUUUAAACUCAGUGUUGACUUGAAAAUUGAUUACUUAGUAAGGUUUUUUUAAAAAGAAAAGUGUAAUUUUAAAGAAAAAUUAGUAUUGAAGUAGUGCAGCCAUGCAACAACCUUUUGAAAAUCUCUAAGCCGUAUACAACUUAUAUGUUAUCAAAAUAAUACUCAAGAUCAACAUAAUUUGACCUUUCAAAACACUUGAUCUUUCAAUUUUCAUUCUGUGGACACUG